AUGGGUGCACACAUCUCCGACACCCGCCGCGCGCGCCGCCGCAGCUCACCCGGCCGCCGCUGCUCGGCCGCCGCUGGCCGCCCCGGUGUUGCGCCGCCCGCCGCGCCCGCCGGAGCUGCGCCAGUCCGCUCGCCCGUCCGUCCUCACAGCACGCUCCCGACCAUCACCCGCCACCCGUCGCCUGGCGCGCCUCCCGCCGCAAGCGCGGCCGCAGCUCACCCGGCUGCCGUAGCUCGGCCACCGCCCACCGCACCGCCGGCCACGAGCGCAACGCCCGACGCGCGUGCGGCUCCGUCGCCCACCGUGAGCGUGGCCGCAGCUCACCCGGCCGCCGCUGCCCGCCCCAGUGCUGCGUCGUCCGCCGCGCCAGUCCGCUCGUCCGCCCAUCCUCGCAGCGCGCAGCCCGACCAUCGCCCGUCCCCCGCUGCGAGCGCGCCUCCCGCCGCGAGCGCGGCCGCUGCUCGGCCACCGCCCGCCGCUCGGCGCGCCGUCGGCCACGAGCGCAACGCCCGACGCGCGUGCGGCUCCGUCGCCCGCGCGCGAGCGCGGCCGCAGCUCACCCGGGCGCCGCUGCCCGUUCCGGUGUUGCGCCGCCCGCCCGUCCUCGUAGCGCGCUGCCCGACCAUCGCCCCCCACCCACCGCUCGGCAUGCCUCCCGCGACGAGCGCGAUGCGCGCCGCGAGCGCGGCCGCAACUCACCCUGCCGCCGCUGCUCGGCCACCGCCCGGCGCGCCGCCGGCCACGAGCGCGACGUCCGACGCCGGUGCCAGAGCCGCGAGACCGUCGCCGUGCUCCGUCCGUCCGUCGUCAUAG